AGAAGGCAGGGCAGCCAUACCUCAUGCGUGGGCUUAGCGAAGGUCCGAGCGGAUACGGGUCUGACAAAUAUGGGUGUGCUCCAGCUCCACAAUCCCACUCACCCCAGCACGCUUCUGCAGCGUGCCAAUCAGAUGCGUCUGACCGGCACCUUGUGUGAUGUCAUCAUCACGGUUGACGGCCAGGAGUUCCCGGCGCACCGCACCGUCCUGGCCUGCACCAGCAAAAUGUUCGAGAUCUUGUUCCAUCGCAGCAGCCUGCGCUACGCCCUGGACUUCCUGUCCCCCAAGACCUUCCAGCAGAUCCUGGAGUACGCCUACACCGCCUCGCUCCAGGCCACAGCCGAAGACCUGGACGACCUGCUGUACGCCGCUGAGAUCCUGGAGAUAGAGUACCUGGAGGAGCAGUGCCUGAAGGUGCUGGAGACCAUCCAGGCGGAAGAGAGCGAGGAGGUGGCGGCGAAGACCCACAGCUCCGGAGACCACAGUGACCACAGCAGGGCCAGGCACUGGAGGCACAUGUUGAUGUCCAAGAAGCAUUCCAUACAGGAUGGACCCAACCGCAUCACUCCCACCGCUCUAGACCACCUGUCGCUCUGCCACAUGACGGAGGGGAGCUCUCCUGGCCCAGAGCCCAAGACGACUCUCGAAUCGAACCCCAAGCUGGACCCGGAAGUAGACAUGGGGAGCUCUCAGCAGCCUCCGCGUCGCAGUUCAGAGUUAUCCCAAGCCUCCGCCCUGGAUCCCGGCAGAAGUAUAAAAUCGGAGAGCAUGCUGGUGGAUGACGCCAACGGCUGCGAGGGCAGGGCCUCCAGCACUGGAGAGGGAAGCUGCGUGUCAGACCAGCCCAGAGACGAGGGCCCGGGGACGCCCAUGAGAGGCAGCGUGAUCACCAGCGCUCGGGAGCUGCACAUCGGCCCAGAAGACGGAGGACAAGUGGGAGGGAACUCCCUCGACUGUUUCCCCGGGAUCUCCGAGAAACAUCUGCCCUCCCUGUACUCUGUGCCCUCCAACCACACAGGGGAGGGGAUGCUCCCGGCGUCCGUGGCCCCGUCCGUGGGCGUGCCACUGGACCCGAGGGCCUACAGCGGCCUUUUGCACCAGGGCUUGCUGCACAGGGAGCUCCUCAGCAGGCUGGGCCAGUUCGCAGCAGGGAUGAGGCACGAGGGCCAGGCGCAAAGCCAGCAGUGUUGUGGCGAGUGCGGGCUCCAGCUGCACAGCAGGCAGGCCAUGGAGCAGCACAGGAGGCUGCAUAACGAGGAGAAAGGCCACGGCUGUGAAUACUGUGGCAAACACUUCCAGGACAGCAUGCGGCUAAGGAUGCACAUGCUGUCUCACACAGCUCCUGCAGAGGCGCUGGUGUGUGAUCAGUGUGGAGCGACAUUCUCCUCAGAAGAUGCUCUGGAAGCCCACAGGCAAACACACACAGGGACUGACAUGGCGUUGUUCUGUCUGCUGUGUGCAAAGCGCUUCCAGACCCAGAAGGCCCUGCAGCAGCACAUGGAGGUCCACGCAGGGAUGCACAGCUACAUCUGUAGCCACUGCGAGCGCCCCUUCCCCAGCCACACGACACUCAAGAGACACUUGCGCUCGCACACGGGCGAUCACCCGUUUGAGUGCGAAUUCUGCGGGAGCUGUUUCAGAGACGACGGCAUGCUGAGGGGCCAUAAACGCAUCCACACAGGAGAGAAGCCUUAUGAGUGCAACGGCUGUGGGAAGAGGUUCAGCCUCAAGCACCAGCUAGAAACACACUACCGUGUCCAUACGGGUGAGAAGCCAUUCGAGUGCAAGUUGUGUCACCAACGUUCCAGAGACUACUCGGCUAUGAUCAAGCACCUGCGCACUCACAACGGAGCGGCUCCGUACCAGUGCACCGUCUGCCAGGACUUCUGCCCGAGCCUGGCCGCCAUGCAGAAGCACAUAAAGGGCCACAAGCCAGAGGAUGUGCCAGCGGACUGGAGGAUAGAAAAGACUUACCUGUACAUCUGCUACAUCUGAGCAGGACUUGGACCCUCCCUACCCCGCUCCACACACACACACACACACACACACACACCGUCACUGUUGGGGGGGGCGGGGGGGGGAACCUCGUAACUCCAGUGUUGCUGUUUUUUCAUGCUGACAGAUUACAUGUCUCUCCCUCUCUCUCUCUCUCUGUGGGUUUAAAAACAUAUUUCAGACUCUUUUUUGGAUAAACUGAAAAAGGACAUUGUGGUAAGUUGUCAUUCUGGGAGAUACAAGGUUUUUACCUGACAACUGAGGCAUGCAAGCACCAAUACAAAUGUGUGUACACACUAGGGCUGCAACUAAUCGUCAGUGUCAUUAUCAGUUUGAUAAUUUUGUACUACCAAGUGAUACAUGUCAGAAAAGUAGUCACAUUUUGGUGACACGGUGACAUCUUUAAAUAACUGCUGUUAUGUUGUCCGACCAACUGUCCAGUCUGAAGAUAAUUAGUUUACAGUGAUAUAAAAACAGUGAAAAGCAGCAAAUUCUCAUCCCCCCGAGAAAUGACUUGAACUCAAAAUGUCUUGACGACUCAUUAUUUCAGCCCUCGUGCACAUAAACAUCCACGUCUCCCUCCUCACACACACAGUGUUGCUGAUAACUGCAUCUCCAAUGGAUUCACUGUGGUUGAAAUGAACUGCUGACCUGUAUAUGUAGCAGAAGCUUUUUUUUUAUUGAUUGGUUGAUUGAUUGAUUGAUCGAUUGAUUGCUAAACCAUCAGGCAACCUGAGUCAUCUUCUCUGAUUGUGCAGUAGAUGAAAAUGAUUCCAUGAAGACUUGACUGGCUGAAAUUUGCAACAUUAUCUCGCCUAAAUUCCUGUGACUUCUAAUUUUAUUUUGAAGUUGUUUUGAAUGGCUGCCACCUUUUGACCUCAUACGCUUUAUCUCUUUAAUUGCAUUGUCUUUCUUGCAGUGGGUGUUUGUUUGUUUUCGAGAUAGCUUGCUGACAAUUUGAGUUUCUCUCGCAAUGUAAAGGGUUGUGCUAUUUAUAUGUUUUUUAUUUGUUACCAAAUAUGUGCUGGUUUUCAUCACACCGUCUCUGUCACCUUGGUAGGCUGCUGAGGAGAAAGAGCUCUGCCUCUCCGAACUUUUAAACCUACUGCAAUUUUUUCAGUCAUCGUUAGUUUAAAUUUUCUAAAACAUACACAUACAUCAUUAUUUCAACAGACAAGCAGUGAGUUUUAAAAAAAACAGCCUCUUUCAUGUGUAGGUUUCUAUCAAUAACUAUAUAUAGAUGUCUUAUAUGAUUACAGAAUCUGAAUUUCCGAGGAGAAAAUUAAAUAGAACAUGAGAAGAUUUUUUUUUUACGAAACCUGAAAAGAAAAUUCUGACAUUGAAUCACUAUGAGCAGGUUAUUGUCAGUCGUAGUGUAGCUGUAAAGUACAAAUUGUCCUUGUAUGUUAUUCCCUAAUGUGAGCCUAACACAGGCCUUAUAGAUUUAAACAUGUUGUAUUUUUGUAUUACAGUAAUUUGCUAUCUGUUUACAUUUGGUAUGAUUUGAGAAACAUCUUAAUGUGUGUGUUUUAUAAGUCUCUGGUUUGAUUAAGAUGCCUUCCUUGUGCCUCUUUUAUAAGUAGAGCAUUGAUGUGCUUGAGUACAUGGGUCUGUGCUACUGGUUGUUGUUUCUGGGUGUUUGUUUAUUGUUACUUAAUUAAAGAUAGACUGCCAUGUAGAUCCACUUUGUCUGAACAUUGCAACUGGAAGCAACAUAAUGUGAUUGUCACUGAUACUCUGUGACUAGUGUGUACUUUUUACAUCACAGUUGCUUGAGACUUGCAUCAAAUAGUUCCCUUCAAAGUGACAACGGACUGAGAUUUCUGGAUGAAAACAGUGUGUAUCGCAAAUCUGGCCGUCUGUGGGCAUUACCAAUGCCCACCCGAGUAGCCAACGACACCGAGUGCCAUGAAAACACACAUUCACUGUAUCUAUUCUACAUGAACAUGCACUAAAAAUGGAUUUCCUUGGUGGACCAAAAGAAACAGAGCACUUUUAUUUGAAAAGGGUUUAUUCUUUGAUCUUUCUAUGUUGUGAUAAUGCAGAUGUCUUUUUAUUUGAUGUGUCCUAGAAGGAUGUGAUUAGCAUUGUUUAGAUUCUGUCGAUGUCUGUCUACCUCAGGGCCAGAUCAAAGCUUGACCUGGUAUCCAAUCAGGGUUGUUCCUCUUGCCAUGUGUGCAUCCCUCUUCAUUACAGCUUUGUAACACAGUGUGUGAAAGUGUUUUCUCAGUGUGGAUUCAGGCACAACUCUGUAUGCGUCAGUGUUCAGUGGCAUGGUUUAAAAAAAAAGAAUAAAACUAUUUACUAUUUUAUGCA